CACGGGCGCUUCGAGCCACGGCUUAAGUUUCUCCGGCUUCAAGCUAAUUAAUAGCGUCUUCUUUGGAACUGUUCGGUGUCGGGGGCAAAAACAACAACAACAAAAAAAUCCCUUUCGCGGGUUUUUUGUUUUUUUUUUAAAAAAAAAAAACCGUGUCCGUGAGACUGACACUCUGUGGGUGUGUGCUCCUUUACUUAUGAAUCAUUUGCCAUUCCUGCCUCCAAGACUGGAUUCUGUUGACAUGCAGUCUUCUAGAAUUCCAGGCCGAAAAAGAGGAAGACCUCCGCUCCAUUCCAGCCCUAUGAAAAUGGCAGUUCAUAAUCUUUACUCUUCAUCUCCUGGUUCUCUGCCGGUUGUGAAAAUCCCAAAGAAGCGAGGGAGAAAACCUGGAUAUAAGCUGAAAUCUCGUGUUCUAAUGACUCCUUUAGCAAUCUCCCCACCAAGAAGCACCCCAGAACCUGACAUUAGUUCAAUCCCCCAGGAUGCGGCUACAAUUCCCAACUCGGCAGCACCGCAAGCCCUCACAGUCUGCCUUUAUGUCAACAAGCAAGCGAAUGUGGGGCCAUACCUUGAGCGAAAGAGAAUACAGCAACUCCCAGAUCAUUUUGGACCUGAACGACCUUCCAUGGUGCUACAGCAGGCAGUUCAAGCAUGCAUUGAUUGUGCCCACCAGCAAAAGACUGUCUUCUCACUUGUCAAGCAGGGCUAUGGCGCUGAAAUGGUGUCAGUUUCUGCCUCUUUUGAAGGAAAACAGCACCUCUUGAGUCUCCCAGUUGUGAACAGUAUUGGUUACGUUUUGCGAUUCCUCAAAAAGCUUUGCCGUAACUUAUUAUGUGACAAUCUUUUCAGCAACCAGCCUUUUCCACAAUAUAAUACUUCUGAAAACCCAGAAGAGUAUGAAAAUGGACAGAUGGAAUCAGCAGAAACAGUUAUACCUGAAGAUUAUCUGGUUGAUCCACUGGCUACAAAGCAUUACAGCAUUGAUCCCUCUGAUUCAGCAUUUAAUUGCAUGGGAUCAUUGUACUCUAUGAGACAGAGUUCUGGAGAGGGACGGCACGGUGGAGGGUCAUCGUCUUCCUGCAGUCAUCGUUCUGCUCAAGUGGCUUCAGGAGGCCCAUCAACCGCUACUCUGAGGCAUCAAACAUCAAGCCCAACCAGAAACGGAACCAUUCUGGAAGGAAACAGAAAUGCCUCCAGUCCAUCUCCAGAAAGACAGGAUGCCACAAGACCCACAAGCAAAAAUCCUUUGACCUGGACUGUUGAUGACGUGGUAUGGUUUGUUAAAGAUGCAGAUCCUCAUGCUUUAGGACCCCACGUGGAACUCUUCAGGAAACAUGAGAUUGAUGGCAAUGCUCUCUUGCUACUGAAAAGUGACAUGAUCAUGAAAUAUUUGGGUCUGAAGCUGGGACCAGCACUCAAACUCUGUUAUCACAUCGAUAAAUUGAAACAAGCCAAGUUCUGAUGCUUUUUUAAAAGACCGAACAAUUCCAAUAUAAAUCAAGGAAGUAGAUGAAAGGUAACAAGUUGCCUUAUGGGAAGAUAAUCCAUUUUCAAGCUGCUUCUCCUCUGUUUUGUACUGAGAACUUGGCCUUUCUAAAAGUGUUCAUCUUCACCAUUUUAAUUCUACGAAGGGGGGGGGAGGGCUGACGUGUUUUGCUGAUUUGUGUGAAUACUUUUCCAAAAAAAGGUAUACAAUUAUAAUUAUUUUGUAUUAUUCAUAUUGUUAUUGUUAAUAUUAUUAUUAAGCCCUAUUUUUGUAAUCAUAAAAGAAAAAUUGUACGCUAAAAGAUCUUCCCUACUUUUUAGAAAAGGAGAAAUUUGAAAAGCUUUAGGAAACCUUCUUCUGGGCUGCUUCACUUAAGCCUGGCCAUUACAUCUGGCCAUGUCAGGUGACUUGCCUUAUGAAUUUGCUAUCAAGAGUCAGAGCACUCUCAUAUCACGUCAAACAGAGUGGUUUUCAAUUGGAAUCAAUGAAUGCAUUUAGCUGCCAGUCAUCAAUUGUAGUCUAGCAACAUUUAUGCUUCUGCGAACAAACUCAUAAUCUAAUUCUUUUGUGUAACCACACAUGCAUUCCUUCAACAGGAGACCCAUCUAUAUAUUGCCCAGUGAUCUGGGAGGAUCACAGAAUAUACUGGGAAUAAGAAGAUAAAAAUUGUGCAUUUACUUGGUGAUACACUGCGAAUUUAAUCAUUUUACGUGGCAUUCAGCCUGUAAACCGACUGAACAGCUAACUGUACGCUGUUCUCCAGGUUCUUCCUUGCUACCCUGAAUCAUAUGCUUUCCUACAUAGUCAUCAGCAUGAAGGUUUCAGUAAUGUGAUUUUGGAUAUCCAGGAGCAUGUCGGCAACAGAUUGUUUUAUAACAUGAUAAGUAUACAACAUGUCACCAGUUGAAAAUAAUGAGGAAAUAUCCCUUCUCUAGUCUGCCCCCAAAAUCUAGGACAUUACAGUAAUGUAGAAACCCACAGUUUCUUUAACUCUUGACUGCCCAAGCUCUAGAUCAAAGGACGUGACCAAAUAUUCAUACUUCAUAGAACUGCUCCAUCCUCUUUGAAAAUGUUAUGUGACAAUUGUUAACAUCACUGGAACAAAAGUCACAGAUGCUAAUUUGCUUAGUCAUUCUUUGGUGGUUAGCUGGCUUACCAAAGCUGUCCUGAAUGUGCAGAGAAACAGACUGCAAGGAGCAAGAGGUCACAUAUCUCCCAAAGCUUUGAAGUGAACAACAUCUGCCUGCUCCAAGCUUGAAGUAACUCAAGGGAAGUAUAUAUUUUAGCAACUUGUAAUAGAAAGAUUGCUUGUUGCUGGCCAGGAACCAUUACCAGUGAUUGCUUAGCAGUCAAAUUUGUAAUCCACUCUGAGCCACAUUUUGUACCAACUUUGAUGUGAUUUGGUUAACUAAAAUAAUACUGCAGUUAAUUAUUUGAUGCGUGCAUGGUGAUCAUAGGUUGAUUAGAUAAGAGCCAGGAAACCUACAAAUUUGUAUCCAAUUAACUGAACAUAUUAUGUUAUACUAUGGUAUUAUGGGAAAACUGUCCGGUGGUUUGCACUAUUUUGAAAACUUGAAUUAUUUCAGUAGAAACAGGAGUAUUUCUCUCUCUUAUCUGAAGUAUUCUGUUUUGUCACAAGAGGAUUUGAUGUUAAUCAACUCCAGUCUUGAGCUGUGAUAGCAUCAUUGCACUCUAAAGAGCAACUUUCCCUUGAGUGAUAUCUCACCUUUAAUCAAAUAUGGGUUUAUAGCUUCCACUCUAAUCAACCCUUCCUGCUGCAGAUUGUGCUUCUACUUUUCACAUGUAGAAGAGAGUUUUUGGAUUGAUACCAGAACAGCAAAUGAAAGUCCUACGGUCAGGAGUUUGGGAUAGGAAGCCCACGAACCAAACAAAUUUCUUGACCAACAAUUUUCCUUCUUGGCCUGGUCCUAUUCUGCAAGUAUUGUGUAAUUGGAAUGAGGGGGGCACCCCACACAGAUAAUGCAUCAGGAACAGUGGUGGGAUUCAGCCAGUUUGCACCACUUCGGGAGAACCGGUUGUUAACUUUUGAGCAGUUUGGCAAACUGGUUGUUGGAAGAAAUCAUUAGGGCAGAGAACCGGUUGUUAAAUUACUUGAAUCCCACCACUGAUCAGGAAGAAAGGUAAAAUAAUUAAACACUGCACUCUAGAAGAAACAUACAUUAUCAUUAAUUUUAUCUUGUGGCUGAAAUUACAAAAAUUGCAUUAAUCAUCAACAGAUGUGUUAUCCUAUACAGUUGUACUACAUGUCUGCCAUUAUUCCAUCUACAUUGCUACAUCUGAUAAACCGUGGGAGAAGGUGAGAACAAGAUCUUUUAAGUGAUAAAUUGGAAAAAUUGAAUAAUACCUUGUUUUUCUCGGUUUAAAAAUUGUGUGUAAGUACAUCUCAGAGAAAAAAUAUUGGGAAUAUUGGGAAUGUAUCGGGAAUAUAUAUUGGGAAUACAUUACAGUUAUUCUAACCUUUUUGUUUAGAUUAACAUAAUCUCAAAUACCCUGGAAAUAUUCAGAGUAUUGGUGUCCAAAAAGAGAACAGAUACAUAUAUUCUUAUUGUUAUUAACUUGAAUAAUGUUACAUCUUGUUGCUGCAAGGCAUGGACUUUUCUACAUGCAUCAGAUGUUUUACAAAUAGGGAAAGAGGCCACUUGGAGUUUGUCACAUGCACAAUGUCAGCAUAUCCACAACUACUGGUCCUUAGAGGUCCAUAACUUGGCAUCCUGUUAGCAUAAUUGCAGGAUGGGUCCCACAGGAACCUCCCGCUUGCAAACGAGCAGUUGUCUUUCAGAAUCGUCUUAUUAUGGUUAGAUCACCUUCUCAUUAGACUGGAGGUAUAUAUAUAUAUACAUAUCUUGAUCUCUAGGGGUUUAAACUAUUUUUGUAAGCACAUUUAAAUCAGGUCAAGCCCUCUGAGGUUUGGUCAAUUAAACUGAAAUACAUAUGUGAAUAAGCUUAACAGUGUAUCCAAUAACUGAAGAAGUAAGCUCUGAGGUGGCAUAGAGGAUUAAUUCCUUUAACUUGAAAAUUUGGGAACACACGAACAAGAUAUUUGUACAGUUGUACAGUUAAGCACAAUUCUUGCUUUUUAAGACAAAAUUGUUCUGUUUCAUCUGAGUGUAUAUAGAGUUGAAUAUAACUGUACUGUUGAAUUCUGCAAUCCCAUGACAAUCUUGUCUCAUUCUUACUCCUCAAUGGGGACAUGAUUUUGUCCUUUAAGUGCAAUUCUUUGUUCUGUUUCAUGGAAAUAACCAUAUGUAAAUAUUGUUCCUCUUCAACAAGCAUUCAAUUUUCAUGAAGAUGUCUCCCAUUUUGAUGAAUCCUUGUGAUUUUUUUUAUGAUUAAUCAAGAUAUCCACCUCAUUAUGUUAGCUUAUCCCACAUUAAAAGGCUGUAUUGGUU